AACUGCAGGGAGGGAGGAGUGCAUAGCAACGCGACUCCACGAUGAAGAACCAGGAGCAUCAUCCUCAGAAGCCAGUGAUUCCAGACUUGCUAAUGACUCCAAGCGAUCAAGGAGAUGGUGACCUGGAGAUUGAGUACCCUGAAGACAGAGGGAAUUGGACAGGCAAGCUAGAUUUCCUUUUGUCCUGUAUUGGCUACUGUGUUGGACUGGGGAACGUCUGGAGGUUUCCAUACCGCGCUUACACAAAUGGAGGAGGGGCAUUCCUUGUUCCUUAUUUCAUCAUGCUGGCGAUCUGUGGGAUUCCCAUCUUCUUUAUGGAGCUGUCGCUGGGCCAGUUCUCCAGCUUGGGGCCUCUUGCUGUUUGGAAGAUAAGCCCUCUGUUUAAAGGUGUUGGCAUGGCCACAAUCCUGAUUGUCUGCCUGGUGGCCAUUUACUAUAACAUGAUCAUUGCCUACGUUCUCUUCUACCUCUUUGCCUCGCUGACAAAAAACUUGCCCUGGCAGUACUGCGGCAACUGGUGGAACACAGACCUGUGCCUGGACCACCACAUCAUGCGCACGGGGAAUGGCGCUGUCCCCCUCAACAUCUCUAACACUGUCAGCCCAAGUGAGGAAUACUGGAGUCGUUAUGUCCUGCACAUCCAGGAGAGCUCGGGGAUUGGCGAUCCUGGGAGGAUCCGCUGGAAUCUAUGCCUGUGUCUUCUCCUCGCCUGGGUCAUUGUGUACCUAUGUAUCCUAAAGGGAGUCAAAUCCUCCGGCAAGGUUGUAUAUUUCACAGCUACCUUUCCUUACCUCAUCCUGAUCAUGCUCCUGAUUCGAGGUGUGACCCUGGAAGGAGCCUGGUUAGGAAUCAAGUUCUAUCUCACACCACAGUUUGACCUGCUACUGUCUCCCAAGGUGUGGAUUGAAGCAGCUUUACAGAUCUUCUACUCUCUUGGAGUAGGAUUUGGGGGACUUCUCACCUUUGCAUCAUAUAACACCUUCCACCAGAACAUUUACAGGGAUACGUUUAUAGUUACUGUGGGCAAUGCUAUCACCAGUAUCUUGGCUGGCUUUGCCAUCUUCUCUGUUUUGGGCUACAUGUCCCAAGAACUUGGCGUCCCCGUUCAGGAAGUUGCCAAAGCAGGUCCAGGCUUGGCAUUCGUGGUGUAUCCACAAGCCAUGACAAUGCUUCCUCUUGCUCCUUUCUGGUCUUUCCUUUUUUUCUUCAUGCUGUUGACACUUGGCCUGGACAGUCAGGUAAGAGUGUAGUCUGCUGUGAGGAAGGACUUGAACUAUAUGCUCAAGCGAAUGGUGCUUAUGGCUUACAAGAGAGCAUCUGUUUUUAUCUGUGUGCAGUUUGCCUUUCUAGAGACCAUUGUUACUGCGGUGACAGAUGAGUUCCCAUAUUACCUGCGGCCAAAGAAGGCUUUUUUCUCAGGCGUCGUUUGUAUUGUGAUGUUCCUGAUGGGGCUCAUCCUCACAACAGAGGGCGGGAUGUAUUGGCUGGUGCUGCUGGAUGACUAUAGCGCUGGGUUUGGACUCAUGGUAGUGGUCAUUACCACUUGCCUGGUGGUGACACGUGUCUAUGGCAUGAAGAGAUUCUGCCGUGACAUUCAUAUGAUGCUGGGUUUCAAGCCAGGGAUAUACUUCAAAGCCUGCUGGUUGUUCCUUUCUCCAGUGACAAUGAUGGCUCUGCUGGUGUACAGCAUCAUCAAGUAUGAACCAUCAGAGUAUAAUGGAUCCUAUCGUUUUCCAUUCUGGGCUGAGAUUCUGGGCAUCCUGAUGGGAAUCAUAUCCUGCCUGAUGGUCCCCACAGGGAUGGUUUUUGCUGUGCUCCACGAGGAAGGAACACUCUGGCAGAGAAUCCAGCAAGCUAGCAGGCCAACCAUGGACUGGGGUCCAUCCCUGGAGGAGAACAGAACUGGCAUGUAUGUGGCUACUCUGGCAGGCAGCCAGUCACCUAAACCUUUGAUGGUUCACAUGCGGAAAUAUGGAGGGAUCACCAGCUACGAGAACAUAGCCUUUCAGGUAGAUAAAGAGAUUGAAGAGGAUGAGGAAGAGUCCAUGAUCUGAAUGAAGUGGCAGCCUCCCAGCUCACCCCUCCAGUUGGGGGAAGGUGGAGAGAACGUGAGGAAACAGACCCCUGAACUUUUGCACAAAGUUGCACUUUGGCACUUCCAGAUGCAUUUAGCAUCUCAUAGCAGUGAACUCAGCAUAACUCUGCUGAGAAUCCCAGUGUUGUUGAGGUUCUGUUCGAUGUGGAGAGGUGUGCAAUGAAUCUAUGUCUUGCUGCUCUAAUGUCUAGGACAGGUCACUUGGAUCCACUGAUGUUUUCCCUUCCUCACCGAAGCAGUUAUGAAUUCCUCAGGGUCAGGGCCUAGCAUCCCAUAAACUACCUUCUUCCUAUCUAAUCUAUCUUCCUCCUCCCCCCUGAUGGUCACCUAGCUAUUCUUUUGCAGUUUUUAGCGUACAUUGUGUCACUCAGUGUAGUUCUCCCAAAGCUGUCACUACAUUCUGUGGUCUAACAACUAAAUCAAGGAUGGGGGACCUCGUCAAGCCUGGGGAUCAAAUGUAGCCCUCCAGACCUCUCUAUCUGGCUCUUGAGGCUUCAUUGGGUCACACCCCUCUUUAGCCCUGCUUUUAGCCCUGCUUUGCACUUUGAAAAUGCUUCUUGCUUGCCACUUGCCAGGGUAGAGGAUAGGGAGAGAUGUGUGAGCAUGUGUAGAAAUCAGCCUACAUGUAAACACAAUUUGUAUAAUCAUUGGAAUGUAGGGUUGUAUCCAAUGCAGAGUAAUCCCAUUGAAGUUAAUGGGCAUUGCUAGCUUAGAUCCAUUCAUUUAAACUUAGCUGGAUAAAACCCAUCCACUGCCUGAAGUACAGAGUGGAGGGGCAGACAUGCAAACCUUCCAUAUCAUUCAUUGUUGUCUACAAUGUGUGGCAGGAACUCUCCAGGCUCUAUCAGAUGGGAUUUUCCCAGGCCCACCUGGGGCCUUUUGUAUAUAAAGGAUGUUCUUUACCACUGAGUUACAGACACCUCCUCCUCUCUUUUUGAGGAGGAGCUAUCAAAUACACUGGACUUAGUUUUGUAUGGCCGUAUGUGCCCCAAUGCCACACACUACCUGAAGUACGUAGUGGAGGGGCACACAUGCAAAUAUGAUGGAUGGGCGAGUGGCUGAAAUGGCCCAAAGUGCAGUUUGCUCUUCAGUUUUCAAAAUGUAUUGAGUUGGCAAUUUUGCUUGUGGGGCUUAAAUUGCAGUCUUAUGCUUGAAUCGGUGUCUCAUAGGAAUGUAAACAAAAAACAAAAAACCCCUACAGGAAUGACUAGAAUGUGCAUUCUAUUUAGCGUCUGAAUUCUAUCCCCUCACACCACUCAAAUGUUGCAUAAGUAGCAGGAGGGGGGAUUUAUGUGCAUUUUGGGUCCUAUGCAUGAAAACAGCCUCCUAUAGCAACCACGAAAGAGAGAGAGGAAACACAGGAUCCGAGGGGGAGGAGUUACAGCUGAGAAGGAAGCGAAGCUGAGGGAGGAGUUAGCAACCAGCAGAAGUCAAACUUAGCUCAGUGCGCAGAUCCUGGGAGCUCGCAAACAGACGUCGCAAACAGGGGGGUUUGCCAGGGCAUUUAGCAGGGGAGGCCCAGAGUUCUGUCUCUUGGUGUGCACAGAACCAGAGACAUGGAGAGCAAGGGAGCUGCUGCAGUGACCUGUAACACCUGUGCCAUGUUUGUCAUUCUUCCAGAGAACAAGCAGCAGUACACUUGUAGCAAGGGCAAGCUGGUUGUUUUGCUGGAGGAGAAGGUGCAGCAACUUGAGGCCCACCUAGCCACACCUCAAGCAACAGGACAGCUUCAGCUGAGAUUCUUGCAUUGCAGGGUUUCGGACUAGAUGACCCUUGGGGUCCCUUCCAACUUUAAGAUUCUAUGAUUCUAAGAGGCAAACUUGGUUCUGUUAGCACUGCCAGUUCUUCAUAAAGGAUCACAGCAUUUCAAGGCACCCUCUUUCCUCAAGUGUAAAACCAGGAAAGAUCAAAUCUGACAUUCUAAGUCCUAUUUUUCAAACCUGUAUGAAAUGCUGCUAUUUUAUGAAACAAUGCAGAUCACAAUAUCUAUUCUUUCAUCCCCUAAAGAGAAAGAGCAGGUAGGAGCAAUUUUCUACCUCCAGCUUUGGGGAGAGCUUUAGUGAAGGAAGAUCAAGAAAGGACUUUGGUGUGAGGCCAUUACCUAUCUGGCUCACCAUCAGCGAAAGUGAAGUGUAGACUGGAGGCUUGUUGUAUUGUGUGGGACCUGUGAAUAGACUGGGUUUUCUAUAGAACCUCUAAUACAUUAUGAGGGAAAAGGUACCUAGAUAAGUUGAGUUUUUCCCUUACAUGGCUUGAUUUUCUAACAGUUGGCCUUUUUCUGUUCCUUCUUAAACCAAUAUGCAUUGGGAAAGAGGCUAUUUGUAGAAGCACAAUGCAGUUCCCAUUUCCUGGCACAGAUACACGCUGUUCUUCUGUGUGACUGUCUGCAUUCUUUUCUCUGGUGGCCUCUGUUGUUAAAGGUCGGGGGGGCAGUCCAUUAGUGAGCAAUAUUUUAAGAUUUUGCUAAAAAUAAUUGGCAGAAAAAGAGGGAAAGAAAUCUCUCUCGCCUCUAGCCUGGCAUAAAAAUGUGCUGUCUGGAGUCUGGCUCUAGAUGAUUUUCUGGGACUAAUUUGUCCACACAGGCUUUUCUUCCUGAGUUGGCCAACAAAUGUGUGCAUCUAUGUAAUGGGUGAAAUCCCCUGGAGAAUCCACGCUUCAGAAAACUUU